AUGGCAUGGUAUCUAGCAACACGAUGUCUGCAGCAAAUAGCCGACGAUGAAGCCCAGAAGUUUCCGAAAGCAGUUCCCGUAGUCAAACAAGGUUUCUACGUUGACGACGUGAUGCGUGGCUUCGAUACAGUGGAGGAAGCAGCUACAACUAUACGAGACAUGUCUCUGAUGCUGAAUUCCGGUGGUUUUGCUCUCUGUAAAUACGCAUCCAAUGUUCCAGAAGUAGUUGAGCAGUUUCCAGCAGAGCUUCGAGAACAGGCCUCCGCUUUGGAACUUGAUCGUUCGUCUCCAAUCAAAGCACUCGGCUUAUUUUGGAAGCUUACCUCCGAUGAGCUUCUGUUCAAAGUUCCUGAAUGGCCAGACGUCCCUUCGACCAAGCGAAAUAUCCUGUCGCAUAUCUGCAGCUUGUUCGAUCCGCUUGGGUUAGUUGGUCCGGUGAUUGUUCGUGCGAAAAUGCUGAUCCAGCUCCUUUGGGAAAUGCAGUUAGGCUUGGAAGAUCCGGUUCCCACAAGUAUUUCCGACCAGUGGAUGGAGAUAUCAUCGCAGCUCCCAAUUUUGUCGCAGCUUUCGAUUCCUCGCUUCGUGUUGACGGAAAAGUUAGCCACUUUAAGGCUUCAUGGGUUUGCUGAUGCUUCGCUGCAUGCAUACAGUGCCUGCAUCUACUUUCGUUCGAUAUCCGCAUCGGGUGCAGUCACUUUCCGCCUGAUGACAGCAAAAUCCAGGGUUGCCCCAACUGAGAACUGA